CACGCGGCACGCACCCCGCUGCACCCUGCACCACGCUCCACUCCACCCCCACCCCCACCCCACCCCACGCCGCGCCGCGCCAUGCGCCGCCUCCGCCUCGCCGCCGCCGCCGCCGCGCCACACGGCGUCCUCCUCCUCCUCCUCAUCCUCCUGCCGCUCGUGGCCGCGGCCGGGCCGGCGGCGGCCAAGGCGCCCGCGGCCCCGCCGGCUCCGCCCAACGUGACGACGGCGAUGGCGAAGGGCGGGUGCAAGGCCUUCGCCGACCUGAUCGCGGCGUCGCCCGACGCGUCCUCCACGUACCAGUCCGCCGCCGGCGGCGGCAUCACCGUGUUCUGCCCCACCGACGACGCCGUCAGGGCGUUCCUGCCCAGGUACAAGAACCUCACCGCCGACGGCAAGGCCGAGCUGCUCCUGUUCCACGCCGUGCCCGUGUACUACUCCCGCGGCAGCCUCAAGUCCAACAAUGGCGUCAUGAACACCCUCGCCACCGACGGCGCCGCCAAGAACUACAACUUCACGGUGCAGAACGAGGGCGACGCCGUCACCAUCAAGACCGCCGCCUCCGGGGACGCCGCGCGGGUCAAGUCCACGGUGGUGGACGCCGACCCCGUCGCCAUCUUCACCGUCGACGCGGUGAUCGAGCCGGUGGAGCUGUUCAAGCCGGCGCCGUCGCCGACGCCCGCGCCGUCGCCCGCUCCGGCGGCGGACGCUCCCAAGGCCAGUAAGCCCGCGCACCACCCGGCGCCCGUCGUGGCGGACGCUCCCGGCCCCGCCGCCACCGACUCGCCUCCGGCGGACCAGAAGAAGGAGGCCAAGAAGAGCGCGGCGGCCGGCGCGCCGCCGUGCGUCCGGUGGUUCGCCGCGGCGUUGGCCGCCGUCGCCAUGGCCUCCACAUUGGCCUAGGGCAAUUGUUCUUUUUUUUUUGUGUUCUUGGUUGAUGAUCCAUUGGCGUGAUCGUGGUGUGAUGGCGUGUUGAUGUGCUUGCGAGAUUUGUGCUUACUUUCGUGGAAGAACUAGUGGAGUGCUUAAAUAUUUUGUUAGUGCUUUCCUAGAUUUUCGUUUUUUUGUUUGUGCCUGCUGUUGCUACUUGUUAAUUGUUAAUUAGCAUUAGUAGAUCAUGAGAUGUUGAUAUCUUAUCAGCAUUUUGGUUUUGACUUGAUGAGUGCAGUUAAGUUGCUGAGAUUUUGCUA